AUGAGCAGCUCGUCUCCAGCUUUAGAAACGAGUUCAAUUGCUCAGAAUGAAACAGAUCCCGAAAAAAAAACAAUGACAGAAACGUCAGAUGCAUCAAAAAGUCUAGUUUCAACUAAAAAAACAAAAAAAAAGACGCGUCCAGCUCGGAAACAGGUUGAAACACGAAUGGAAUUUGAGCAGGAGGCUCCUGAACCUGGUCAGGUUUAUAAUAUAUGGUACGGAAAAUGGAGCGGAGGUUCGCGUCGUGAUCCCCUGAAAAGUCAAAUAAAAUCAGAAACUCGUUGUGUUAUCGAACGCGAUUCUGGAUACACGAAGGCAGAUAAAGUUCUCGGGUCUUAUUUUUGUCUUUUUUUUGCUCGUGGCAUGUGUUCUGAAGGUUCUCAUUGCAUUUACUUGCACAGGCUGCCAACAGAGAACGAUAUCUUUAACGCUAACGUUGAUUGUUUUGGCCGCGAAAAACACGCCGAUUACAGGGACGACAUGGGCGGUGUCGGCUCCUUUUUACGGCAUAACCAUACGUUAUACGUUGGCCAAAUUAAACCAACCGAUGACAUUGAAGAGGUUGUUGCUCGUCAUUUUUCCGAAUGGGGCGACAUUGAACGUAUUCGCGUUCUCAAUUCAAGGGGCAUUGCCUUCGUUACAUACGUGAAUGAAGCUAAUGCCCAAUUCGCGAAAGAGGCAAUGGCACAUCAAGCGCUCGAUAACGAUGAAUGUCUUAACGUUCGCUGGUCGACGUUUGACCCCAAUCCGGCUGCCCAAGCGCGUAACCAACGACGACUUGAAGAACGUGCAGCACAGGCAAUUAAAAGGUUACUCCCAAAACAGUUUCUUGAUGACCUCCGUGACAUGCGCGAUGGAACUUCGGAGUCGCGGAAACGGAGGCAGCGUGAACAAGCGUUGGGCUUGGAGGGUUAUACUCCAAGUGAUGAACUAUGGUACGCCGAUGGCACCAAUUCUAUUCAACAUCAACUUGAACAACAGAAGGCAAUCACAACUAGUGAAUCGCUUCCGCAAAACAGUGCCGGAGCACAAGCACCUGAAAGCACAACAAAUAAGUUUGUUUCAGACGACGUGCUUGCUGCCCUUCAACAAGCUGCUUCCACACAUACACCGGAUGCUGAAUUAAAGCCAGUUAAUUCGGCUGUUUCCGGUGCUCUUGUUAGUUACGGCAGCGACGACGAGGAUGACUGA